AUGGACUACGCCCAUCGUUCUGCUGCUACAUAUCCAGACAAAAAUCCCAGCGCUGUUCUGAAAGAAAUGCCACUGGGAAGGCGGCGGGAGCUGCGGCUCGCUGCGCUGCGAGAUGCAGCAGAACUCAAGCAGCGAGCUAUGCUGCUGCUGCGCUUCUGCCUUCCUAUGCUUGCCGAAGAUCGCAGGAGCCAAUCAGCUCUCGUCUGCGGCACCCUUGCUGUGCUGCAACCGCCCAGCAAGCUGCAGAAGCAGCCAGACGCAUGCAAGACGGGCUGCUGCGAAGCUGCCAAGGAGCACGGCGGCCGUGUUGCAAAUGCUGCUGCAGGUACUGCUGCAGGCGCUGCUGCAGUGGAUAUUGCUGCACGCGCUGCAGCAGACGCUGCUGGUGAUGCUGCUGCAGGAGCUGUUGCAGACACUGUUGUAGACGCCGCAGAAGACGCCGUUGCAGACCCUCCUGCAGACGCUGUUGCUGCGGCUGCUGCAGACUCUGCUGCAGAGGCUGCUGCAAGCGCUGUUGCAGGCGCUGCCGCCGGCGCUGCUGCAACCGGUGCUGCGGACGCUGCUGCAGACGUUGCUGCAGGCCGCUCGAGCGACAUUGACAAUCAGCGGAGUUAG